GUGGAGAAGGGGACUUUUUGAAAGGAUGGCGGGUGCCGACAACGUGUCUGUGAAGCUGAGCGGCAUGGACAUCGCUGUGGAAGAGAAGAAGUUUGGACGUCGCAACCACUUGAUUGCCAUCGAAGAGGAUGUGCAACGACAAUGGGAAGAAGCCAAGGUGUUUGAAGGCACCGUGAAGGACGGCCAGAAGAAGUUCCUUGCCACGUUCCCGUUCCCAUACAUGAACGGCAUGAUGCACAUUGGCCACGGGUUCACGAUCACCAAGGCUGAGUUCGCGACGCGGUACCAUCGCCUCAAGGGUGAGAACGCGCUGUUUCCGUUCGCGUUCCAUUGCACGGGUAUGCCGAUCCAGGCCGCGGCCAACAAGUUGAAGGCCGAACUCGAGGAAUUCGGGUUCCCCCCUCAAUUCCCUGUCGAUGCCGUCGUUGAGCCGGUGGCACCUGCCGCCGCGCAGACGUCCGAGAACAAGGCCAAGGGCAAGAAGUCCAAGCUCGUGGCCAAGACUGGCGGCGUCGUGCGCCAGUACGACAUCUUGGCCAAGAUGAUCGACGACAAGGAACUCAUCCCCAAGUUCACAGACCCGACGUUCUGGCUGCAAUACUUUCCUCCAUUCGGGGAAGCGCAUCUCCGUCGCUUCGGGCUGGCCGUGGACUGGCGCCGGUCGUUCAUCACGACGGACGUGAACCCGUUCUACGACGCGUUCAUCCGGUGGCAGCUCAACACGCUCAAGGAACGGUCCCGCGUGUCCCGCGGCAAACGCCCGAACGUGUACUCGCCCCUGGACAAGCAGAACUGCGCCGACCACGACCGCGCGACCGGCGAAGGUGUCGGGCCGCAAGAGUACACGAUCGUCAAAUUGCAAGUCAAGACGCCGCUGCCCGCGCACCUGAGCUCCCUCUCGGGGUUCAACGUGUACCUGGCGCCGGCCACGCUUCGCCCAGAGACCAUGUACGGCCAGACCAACUGCUUUGUGCUGCCAGACGGCGACUAUGGCGCGUACCGGAUCAACGAGACCGACGUGUUUGUGAUCUCGCGGCGAUCGGCGCUGAACUUGGCACAUCAGGACUUUAGCCGGACGUGGGGCCAAGUCGAGUGCUUGCUGGAGCUCAAGGGGUGGGACCUCCUGGGGCUGCCGCUGCUAGCGCCGUACGCCGCGUACGAUACCGUGUACACGCUGCCGUUGCUGACGAUUUCCAUGGGCAAAGGCACGGGGGUGGUCACGUCCGUGCCGAGUGAUGCGCCCGACGACUACGCGGCCCUUCGCGACCUCAAGCAGAAGCCGGCGAUGCGCGAGAAGUACCACCUCACGGACGAGAUGGUGUUGCCGUUUGAAGUCGUGCCAAUCAUCGACAUCCCGGGCUACGGGUCCACGUCGGCGGUGGCCGUGUGCGACGAGCUCAAGAUCCAGUCGCAGAACGACAAGGACAAGCUGGCCAAGGCCAAAGACUUGGUAUACCUCAAGGGGUUUUACGAAGGCGUGCUGCUGGUGGGCAGCCAAACGGGCAAAAAAGUGUGCGAUGCCAAGGCGGGCGUGCGCAAGGAGCUGCUCGACGCCGGCCUGGCCAUCCCGUACUGGGAACCCGAGUCCACCAUCAUGAGCCGGACCGGGGACGAGUGUGUGGUGGCGCACCUGGACCAGUGGUAUUUGCUUUACGGUACAGAGGAUUGGAAGGCGCGCGUGAGCUCCCAUAUUGAAAACCCCCAGACAUUCGAAACGUAUAACCCGAUUGCAUUGGGCGAGUACCGAUCGACGCUGGAGUGGCUCAAGGAGUGGGCCCCUUGCCGCCAGUUUGGGCUCGGCACGAAAUUGCCGUGGGAUACCGAGUUUGUGGUGGAAUCGUUGUCUGACUCGACGAUUUACAUGGCAUAUUACACGAUUGCGCACCACUUGCAGAGCAACGUGGACGGGUCCCAAGGUGGCCCCCAUGGCAUCAAAGCAACCGACUUGACCAAGGAAGUGUUCGACUUUAUCUUUUUGAACGGCCCAGUACCGGCGCAGUCGGCCGUGUCUGAGGCAGUGUGGCGCCAGCUCCAAGCCGAAUUCGAGUACUGGUACCCCGUGGACUUGCGUGUGUCUGGCAAGGAUUUGAUCCGCAACCACUUGACUAUGUGUCUGUACAACCACGCUGAGAUCUGGGCCAACGACCCAGCCAAAUGGCCCCGCAGUUUCUUCACCAAUGGCCACGUGCUAGUCGAUGCGGAAAAAAUGUCCAAGUCCAAGGGCAACUUUUUGACGCUCGAGUACUGCUUCAAAGAGUACGGCGCGGAUGCGACACGGUUUGCAUGCGCUGACGCGGGGGAUUCGAUGGACGACGCCAACUUUUCGCGGGAUACAGCGAAUAUGGCCAUCCUUCGGCUGACCACGGAAGAGGAGUGGAUCAAGAAGACACUGGACGACGACUUGCGCACGGGCGCGCUCAACUUUAACGACAAGAUGUUUCACGCCCAAAUGGACCAGCUUAUCACUGCGACCGCCGACCACUUUGACAAGAUGCAAUGGCGCGACGGGUUCCAGUCUGCGUUUUUUGAGCUCCAGAUCGCCCGCGAUGCGUACCGAGAUAUCUGCACGCGCGGCGAGUUUGGGCUGCACAAGGACGUGAUUGUACGCUUCAUCGAGGCGCAGACGAUCAUGCUGGCGCCCAUCUGCCCGCACAUUUGCGAACACUUUUGGAAGCUGCUGGGCCACGCCGAUUCGUUUGUGGCAAAUGCGGCGUGGCCUGCCGUGACUGGCCCCACGGACUUUACAUUGCUGCGCGCCGGCGACUUUUUGACCAAAUCGCUCAAGCAUUUCCGCGACGCUGUCAUGAAGGGCGACGCGGUCAAAGGCAAGAAAAAGCCAGCGGCGAUCGUCGAGCCCAAGAAACCCCCCACGCAUGCGCAUGUGUACUUGGCCAACGAGUUUCCAUCGUGGCAGCAGACGGUGCUGACGUUCAUGGCGACACUGUUUGACAAGGCGACCAAAUCGUUCCCGGCCGACUUUAUGGCCAAGCUCAAGGUGCUACUCAACUCCCACGACGCGCUCAAGAAGAUGACGAAGAACGUGAUGCAGUUUGCGUCGUUUGUCAAGGCGGACGCCGAACUGCGUGGCCAAGAUGCGAUCGAGUUGAGCAUGCCGUUUGACCAGAAAGCCGUGUUGGAAAGCAACAAGCUGUACUUGCUCAAGUCGCUCGACCUGCAAGAUAUUUCGUUUUACAACGUGGAUGGCCAUGUGGCAGUUGAAGGGGGCGACGCCAAGAAGAUUGAAGCCGCCGCUCCUGGAAAGCCCACGAUUUACCUCUACUCUAUCGACUUGUAACUCUGAAUCGAGAUGGGAGCUUGAGCCACCGGGAAGAAUACUCGUGUUUCGAUAUGAAUACACACUAGAAAAUUGCAUA